AUGGCUGCGUCAAAGAAAAGCGCGGUAGCACUAUGGCGAGGAAAGGAACUCCAAGACGCUGAACAAGACCUCCAGCGAUAUGAGCAGCUUUUCCACAGCCUCCUCUUAGAUCAUGUGUGCAGUCAGUCUCAAGCCGCUGAGGUCACCUCAUUGGAAUCUUUUCGCCAUCUCCACCGGGCUUUACAAAGCAUCAUCUCACAGCUGGUGGACGGCUCCACUGAGGUUUCAGAGCUGGUCACAGAUUUCUCCGAGAACCUGAGUGAUCGAGUUGCAGAUGAGCACGCAACGACCAGAACUGUCAUUGAAGGCCAUGUAACUUCAGCUGAGAAUACAAUUCGUCAGAGUAUGGCUCAGUCGAUCGAUCAACUUCGUCAGGAACUACUAGAGCGUGAGCAGAACAAGGCUUUCGAGAAACAGCACGAGCAAUUUCUGUCGAGUCUACGGUUUCCAGAAAUGAACGACAGAAAGAACCAUAUAUCAAACAACUAUCCUGGAACAUUUGAUUGGAUCUUCGAUCGACACGGCUCACUGCAUUCGGAUUGUGGCUCGUCAUGUGAAUCUGAUCUGUCAGACAUGGAUAGUCAACUAUCCGAAAAUACCCAGGAUAGCGAUGCCGAGACCACCGACGAGCCAGACUUUGACAGUUUUGCGGACUGGUUAGAAUCAGACUCGAAUGUCUUCUGGGUCAGUGGCAAGCCAGCCUCCGGCAAAAGCUCUCUUAUGAAAGUCCUUGCUUUCAACCAUCGAACAGUGGACCGUCUCAAAAUAUGGCAGUCCAAUGUACGCAUCCUUGCGCAUUUCUUCUGGAAGCCAGGUCAGCUGUUGCUACGAAAUGUGGAAGGCAUGGCUUUGUCACUCCUCUAUCAAGUCAUGGAUGGCAAGCCAGGCCUUUGUCGAAAGCUGUACACAGCCCAACCUUCUGUGCAGCACAAGAGAAGCCAUUCAGACUGGAGUCUCGACGAGCUGGCAGAAGCCCUAGUUUGGGCAUUGGAAGCUUCCCCCGAAGCUUUUUGCAUCUUCUUGGACGGCUUGGACGAGGCCAAAGAACUAGAACAUGUACCUUGGCCCGAUUGGACAAAUUCUCAAGUCAUUCACAAACUGCUGAAAGUGAAUGAUGUCAAGUUGUGUGCAUCCAGCAGAGAGGAGCAUGCUUUUUGCUCGUUUUUCAAAGAUGCACCCCGAAUAAGGAUACAACAGUUCAACAAUAGCGAUAUCACUCUUUUCGUCCGCGAACGGCUGGAUAUUUGUGGGCUUGAGUGCCGCGAUCGAGAUCAACUUGUAAAGGAGACUGUAGAAAGGGCUGAAGGCGUGUUCCUGUGGGUAACUCUUAUGGUAGGUCGUCUGAACCGGGCCAUCCGCCAACAUUACACAAGCAUCGAGAUGCUUCGAGAACUUCUUAGGCAGACCCCCUCGGAUUUGGCUAUGCUCUACACCGACAUGUGGGGUAGGAUUGGAGACGAUGCCAGACUACCGAGCAUUCAAAUAACUGCUUCUCGAUACUUCAAUCUCCUCAUUGUCGCUAGGGAAAUCGAUGAGUAUUUAUCGAACAACAGUCUUUACUGGCACCCAGCGCCAAUGCGCAUGUCUUCAUUGCUAGUCAUGGCAGCAGCUGCCCAGGAUCGGCGAAUGGAAGCAAUAUUGAGUACAGGCCGUGUGAUGACAGUUGAGGACCUGCUAGCCUUAAGUUCAAGAGCCGAGAAUGAACUGAAGUUAGCUUGCCGUGGCCUUCUUGAGGUAACCAGCGGUUACCAGAAUUCAUCAUAUCCUUGCAACGGAGACAAGCGACUAUGCAGAUACAACUCGACACAAGUCGAUUUCGUCCAUAGGAGUGCUUUCGACUUUCUAAUGGAUACAGAAGCCGGUCGUGAGUGCCUCCACGCCUGUGGCUCGUCUAAAAGUGAGCAAGCUACAAGGCUAGUCACCGCCCAUCUGAUCAGAGCUCGAUUCAUUCAUCUCAGGAAUCCCUUUCACCAUAUAUCAACGGACGCUCACCAGAAGCCACUCUACGGAAUUGACUUUUGCAAUAAUUAUUUACCGAUGGCCAUUGCUAUCUCUUUUAAUCCUCGCCUGUUCACAGAAGCCUAUCUCGGUUAUUCAGCGGCCAUAUAUGCCGUGCCUCUUGUCACUCCAGCUCAAACUGCCUCGAGCUUGAGUUCAUAG